UUUUUUUUUUCCUUCCUUCCUUCCUUCCAUGGAGGAGGAGUUGUUAUUAAUAGCAAGUAGCUAAUUAAUCCAUGGAACAAUCUCCUUAAGGGGAAACCAGGCGCAGGAUGUAUUUUCCCUGCAGCGAUGGGAGCCGGGUCACGAGGGGGAUUUGGGUGUCUAAAUUCAUGAAACUUUCAGCUGCCUUCCACACAGAACUGGGGGGGGGGGUGUCUCCUCCGUGGGUUGAACACACACAUACUUUCCCCCCCCCUCCCUUUCCGAGGGAUCUGCAUAUUAUUAUGCCUUUGCUCCUCCUGGCUGGUUUUUGUUUUGCUGUUUCAGGUAUAUCUACUGUGAGGUGCCCCCCUUCCCACCCCCCCUGCCCCCACUGCUUAGUUUUUUUUUAGGUAUAAAGCCUUUCCUUGUUCUGUUUCUCUUUGCUCUUGGCAAGUUGCUCCUUGAGUUCGUGGCAGAGAUGCGAGGAAGCCUCGGCCACUUUCUCAAGCCCCCCACAAAUGGCUCCGGUGUGGCUCUUGCCUGCCUGCCUGCCAGCCAGGCUCUGGCGAGAAGACCCAGCCACGCCCUUAAGCCAGCAGUCACAAAGUAAGCCCAACUUGAGAGGUUUCGAGGGAAGCCUCCCCCAAAGGAGCUUUUGAGGUAUCCCUAAAUCAGUCCGGCCAUUCCCAGGGAUGGCGGGGUCUGAUUUGAAAAGCUGGUUCCGUCCGUUCUUGUUGCCCGUUGAUUGAUUGAUUUAAGGUUUUUUUUUUUUUUUUUUAAAAAAGACAAGGCCAAUCGAGGGUCUUUUGAUAACCGAAGGUGCUGUUGUGUGUUUGUGUGUGUGUGUGUUCUACCCACGUAUGCCAUGCUACGCAGAGGGUCCACUCGGCAAACCGAUUGGCUUAAGGGAUGGGUGGGGGCGGGAAGGAAAAAGGUUCCAGCAGUUCCAUCACUCCUAAUGUGAUGCGCAUCAACCAAAGCGCCCCUCUGCAUAGUUGAAGCACCGAUGAGUCCAAAUGGUUUGAAAUCUUUAUUGCUCAGUCAGUCAAUUCGCUUGAUUUUAUGACUUCGUAACCAGUUCAUUUAAUGACCCUUAACCAUGCUGAAGAAGUAACCCUUUGGGACUGGCUUGAAUGGAACAGGGCUCCGUAGUUUUAUAUGUAAAAACGAUUUUCGUUUGUUAGGUGUUCCUAGAUGUGUUUUAAAAAAUUUAAAGACGUAGACACUUGAAAUGGCCAUCACCACAUCUCUCUCCUUCCCUUCCCCGCUUUUCUUUUAAAUCUCGAACUCACCUCUAGCCUCUUUUAACCACAGGGCAUCCCAGUGUCUUCAGAUUCAUAACAGGUGCCCCAAAAGGCCACUUAAAAAAUGGAAAAUUGGAAAGGGAGGGGGUUGCUCUUGCUAUUGGCAGUAGGAAAAUCGCACCUCAAAACUGGCCUGGUGAUGUCAGCCCCAGGGUUGGUGAGGGGUCCCUGGCUCCCGGUGUGGUGAUGCAUUUCAGUCUCUAUCCUGCAAGGUAAGGAGCCCGAUGUUCUUAACAUGAUGCCCUUUUUUUUUCACUGCCUCAGUAUUUUUAUAUUUUCACUGGCUGUUAAACGUGGAAACUUUUUAACAUGCUUUGUCGCAUUUAUAUGCUACAGGUUACAAAGUGAGAUCCUUGUAUACACUUCAAUACUUAAAAAGUACCCGUAUUCAGUACUCAGCCGGCAGCAUAAUGAAAAGUGGGACUAGACACGGUGUCCAUAUGGAGAGGAAAAAAAAAAUAUACAUAUAUAUUUAUAUAUAUAUACACCUAGAAUAUUUUUAAACCAAAUGUGUACAAUUGUAUAAAUGGAAAACCUUCUGUAACUUUGGUAACUGCAUAUAGUAUUUCAUGUUUGGUAAUGAAACUUAGAGGGGAGGUGUGAUAACUUUAGAAUUGUGUAAAAUUAAAAGUGUAAAACAUCUGUUAAAAAGGGAAGGAUUACAUAUAUGGUGUAUACUUUGGGAACGAAGAAAAGCUGCAUGCAUCAGCUUUGAAUUGUGUUUAUUAAAUCGUUUAUGGGUUAAUGAUGCAAUACUUGCUAACCGUGAACUGUUCUUCUCCCUCCUUUUUUCUUAAAUUCACAUUCUUGGUAGUUUUCAAAAUAAUAAUCGCCCUACUUCAUAAAUGAGGCUCUAUUUGCCCACAAAUUGUAUUUCAUGAUUCUAACGCCCUGCACUAAAAACACAGAUCCGGAUCUUCAUAGAGUUGUGAUACGCAAAGUUGCAUCCUGAGACCUCAGAAUAUGGUGUAUUCUUGUAAGACCUCCUUUCACAGAGACUGUUAAAAUCCAGUACUGAAUGUAUGGUUUAAUGACUUGUCAGCUGCAUUGUAUUCUAGGGUUUGCUGUCUUUUUUUUUCUUUUUCUUUUUCUUUCUUUUUUUCUUUUUUUUUGCAACUGUUAAUGUUAAAAGGUUUUCCAUCCAGGAAUUUGGAUUAUUCUCCCUCUUGCAAAGAGGCUGAGGAUGCAACUUUACAUUUGCAAAACAAGGAGGGAGUUGAUGAGAGAACUAUCGCAAUGUGUCUGUACGCAAGUAUAUUUUAAAAAAGAAAGGGGGAAGAAAAAAAUGAAUGAAAAAAGAUUCCCCCCCCGCCCCCAAUCGUUUCUGCUUCCUGCCGGUAAGCCAAGUAUUGCAUGGUUAACGUCAUUAGCCGUGGAACAGUCCCACUGCUCAAAAUGUGGUGUGUCCAGCCCCAGACAAAACCAAAGGUGUGUGUUAACGUGUGUAAAGGAGAUUUGAACAAGCUGCCCUGAAGAAAGGCCUAGUGACGAGAUGACAGAGACAGACAGACAGACAGACAGAUGCAAUGUUUUGGAUAUGUUAGCCAGUGCCCUUCUCCCAGUGAGCCCCAGUGGCUCCAAACGGGACUGGCUUUUUUAAAGGGAAGGCCUUCAUUUCUUCGUUUAUCCCCCCAGCAGCGCUGGAGAGCGAGGUGGCUUCAGUAAGCCUGGUGGUAAGUUUUUGAGCAUUACAAUGGGAUCGUGUUUUAAAAAAAAAUAAUUUUUAAAAAAACGCAGCCAGAAAAAAAAAUUAAAAUAAUAAUAACAUCAUAUUUUGUUAGCUUCCUGAAUGGUGAAAAAAUGCCCUAUGCAAACAGAACUUUUAAUGGGUACUGCCGGCAAUGCCUUAAUGGGUCUUUAGAAGGUUUUAACCUACGGUGACAGAACAAAAGGGUAUUAAAAACGAAGGGUUGAUGAGGUGUCGAGAGAAACUAAUUGGGGAAGGAAAUCCACUUUUUUUCAGAGGCUUUUGGCGUUUUAAUAAGUAGUAACCUUGGUAAACUUGGCAACACUGAUUUGACCUGGGAAAAAGGCCCCCUGCCCCCGCCCCCUUUGAGCCACCGUGUGUGUAAUAAUACCAGGUGAUGGUUUUAGAAGGCUGCUAAAACUUGCAAGCCGCAAAAAAAAAAAAAGCAUAAAAGGGUGUUGCAUUGCAAAAUGGUUUUUUUUUUUGUUUUUUUGCAGUGCGGUCAAUUCAAGUUUUAACCCAACGCCAUCUAAUCGCGGUUGUAAAUAGGUAGUUGUGUGUUUUGUUGGUAGCAGAGCUGGCAAGGCAGGCACUAACAAUGGCUUCUGUGGUUUCUUUUUCCCCUCCUCCCGGACGACAGGACACAUGGAUGACGUGCCAGAUCUCGAUUUAGGCCCACCUCUAGACCUGGAUGAUGACCUUGAUAACAGUUCCGUGUACGUACAGGGCCUGACCGACAAUGUGACUCUAGAGGAGCUGACUGACUUCUUCAAACAGUGUGGCAUUGUUAAGAUGAACAAAAGAACUGGACAACCCAUGAUAACAAUCUAUCUUGACAAAGAUACUGGGAAGCCCAAAGGAGAUGCAACUGUCUGCUAUGAUGACCCACCCACUGCCAAAGCAGCCAUAGACUGGCUUGAUGGGAAGGAGUUUCAAGGAAGCAAACUCAAGGUCUCCAUGACUCGGAAGAAGCUGCCCCUGAACAGCAUGCGAGGAGGAAUGUUGCCCCGGGAACCGCGGGGCAUGCCUCCCCCUCUCCGUGGAGGUCCAGGAGGCCCAGGUGGCCCUGGUGGACCCAUGGGUCGUAUGGGCAGCCGAGGUGGUGACCGGGGCGGUGGCUUUGCCCCGAGAGGACCCCGAGGAUCCCGAGGAAACCCUUCCGGGGGUGGAAACGUCCAGCACCGAGCUGGAGAUUGGCAGUGCCCGAACCCGGGCUGUGGAAACCAGAAUUUUGCCUGGAGAACCGAGUGCAACCAGUGCAAGGCUCCAAAGCCCGAAGGCUUCCUCCCACCGCCUUUCCCACCCCCAGGUCCUGGAUUCUUGCUUGGGAAGCCGCUGCCACUUAGAGGGCUCAUAUACGGGACCAAUAGUGGUGGCGAUCGCGGCCGGGGGGGCCCUAGCGGCAUGAGAGGAGGCCGAGGAGGGCUGAUGGACCGCGGUGGGCCCGGAGGGAUGUUUCGCGGCGGCCGUGGUGGAGACCGAGGCGGGUUCCGAGGAGGCCGUGGCAUGGACCGAGGGGGCUUCGGAGGGGGCCGGCGAGGAGGCCCCGGGGGCCCGCCUGGACCUCUUAUGGAGCAGCUAGGAGGCCGAGGCAGCAGGCGCGGAGGACCAGGGAAGAUGGACAAGGGGGAGCACCGUCAGGACCGCAGAGACCGGCCCUAUUAAGCGGCCAGGGACUCUUCCCCCUCUUUUUUUCCUUGCUGGACUGCAUUUACUACCAGAUUUAUUUUUUAAACCAGAAAAAUGUUUUAAAUUUAUAAUUCCAUAUUUAUAAUGUUGGCUCCAACAUUAUGAUGAUUCCUUGUCUGUACUUAGUAUUUUUCACUGUUUGUGGAGAAACAUUAAAACAAAAGUUAAAUGGGAGCGUGCCGAGUUAUUCUUUAUUCUUUUCCCUUUAAAAACAAAAAGCCAGAACAAAAUGAAAUGUGGCGGUUUAAUUAAAAACUCAUUUUUUUUUUGUUUGUUUUUUUAAAGCAAAGUUGUCAUGAGCAUGCCCAGUUAAAAUUGUUUUUGGAGGUGUCAGGAGGAUGGAAAUUUAAUGUAACCAAUGUUCGUGGUUGUGAUGUUUUCAUUUUCAUUUUUAUUUUCUUAAAUAAACUUCCAUAUGUUUGUGAAUGC